CAACCAAACAUACACUUAAAAAUUGAUGCUUACUUUGGUGUUCGGUUAUUUUCGUCAAGUUGGGUUACGCCCACUUUUUAUCAAUCGUUUAUAACCUCCAAACAGUGAUAAUUUACUUAACACACUUUCAAGAUGUUUGACGAGGUUUUAUUUGAGCAACGCCUCAAAGACUUUAACCCUGAACCUCUAAUAACCCCAAUUGAGCCAAAAGACGCCCGUUUGGAGAUCCCCAUGGUCACCGAAGACGAAAACAACAUUGACUUGGCUAAAGUCAACUAUUUGAACCUUUUAAACAACGAAGAAAUCAAGAAAUCCUCCGAAGACUUGAUCAGGGAAUACGGUGUUGGCACUUGUGGUCCUCGUGCCUUCUACGGCACCACCGACGUCCAUCUUGAUUUGGAGCAAUGUCUCGCCAAAUUCCUACAUAUGGAAGAAUCAAUCGUUUAUUCGUACGGUUUUGUGGCAAUUUCUAGCUCAAUUGCUGCAUAUUGUAAAAAAAACGAUGUGAUUUUCAUCGACGAACGCGCAAAUUUCGCAAUACAUCAAGGCCUGACGGCUGCACGCAGCCAUGUUGUCACGUUCGCACACUGCGAUGCGGACGAUUUCAGGAAAAAAGUGCUCAGUGUUACCAAUAGUGAAAAACGCAAGUCGCGGAAAUUCCUCAUUGUUGAGGGGAUUUCCUGGACGACGGGCAAGCUGUGCCCCCUGCCGGCCUUCAUUGAAGUUGCCGAAGAAUUCAAAAUGCGUAUUUUCCUCGAAGAGAGCUACACGUUGGGGGUUUUCGGGGCCAGUGGGCGUGGCUUGACCGAGUAUUACCGAAUCGAGCCGAGUCGUAUCGAUAUGAUUAUUGGGACUCUUGAGGGGGCUAUUGGGUCAAUUGGGGGGUUUUGUGCCGGGUCUAGCAUGACAAUUGAGCAUCAGAGGCUCUCAGGGUCUGGGUAUAUCUUCUCGGCUUCGCUUCCCACCUAUUUGGUCAAGGUUGUGCUGAAGGCACUUGAUUUAAUCGGUGAUAAACCGGUGAAGUUUGGACGCUUUGCGGUCAAAUUUCAUCGGUUUUUGACCGAGGAAUGCGGGUUUGAUGUCUCGAGUCACCCGGAAGCCCCCUUUAAACUUGUCACGCUUUUGACGAAAAACGACGAGAAAAAAGUCCACGAGUACUGUAAGGGGAAAGGGGUGCAUUUUAUACACAAUGAAAGUGGGUUAAUGCUCAAUUUGAGUCUGGGGUUGAUGGAGAAUGAGGAACGCUUGGAGAAGGUGUUCAAAGUCCUGAAGGAAGCGUCCGAUUUAAUUAAAACCAAUUAAUUGUUAAUUAUUUAUUAUGUAUUUGAAAAUUAUAUGACUGUUUUUUAAAAUAA